CUCCUCCCUACCCCCUCACCUCCGGGACUCCCCGCAGCCAGCCCCGCCCCGUCCUCGGACCGCGGCUCCUGCGGAGCAGCCGGGCCACCAGGGGGCGCCACGCCCUCGCAGUGAGGGAGGCAGCCGGGGCUAGCUGGCGGAUCCGCGGCCGGGGAGAGAGAGAGAGAAGGCAGAGGCUGGGCCGGGCCCGGAACUGCGGAGGCAGCGGCAGGUCAUGGACCGGUUCGUGUGGACGAAUGGCCUCCUGGAGAUCAACGAGACGCUGGUGAUCCAGCAGCGCGGGGUCCGCAUCUACGACGGCGAGGAGAAGAUAAAAUUUGAUGCUGGAGUCCUCCUUCUCAGUACACAUAGACUAAUCUGGAGAGAUCAGAAAAAUCAUGAAUGUUGCAUUGCUAUUCCUCUUUCCCAAAUUGUAUUCAUUGAAGAGCAAGCAGCUGGUAUCGGAAAAAGUGCCAAAAUAGUGAUUCAUCUUCACCCAGCUUCUUCCAACAAAGAGCCUGGCCCUUUCCAAAGCAGCAAGAGCUCCUACAUCAAACUGUCUUUCAAAGAGCAUGGCCAGAUUGAGUUUUAUAGGCGUUUAUCAGAAGAAAUGACUCACCGAAGAUGGGAGAAUACAGUGUCCCAACUAAUGCAAAGGAAGAGUGGACAAGAGCCAGGAAGAAUAAGGGCCGUAGGAAUUGUAGGAAUUGAAAGGAAGCUAGAAGAAAAGAGAAAAGAAACUGACAAAAACAUUUCCGAGGCUUUUGAAGACCUCAGCAAGCUCAUGGUCAAGGCAAAGGAAAUGGUCGAAUUAUCCAAAUCUAUAGCUAAUAAAAUUAAGGAUAAGCAAGGUGACAUCACAGAAGAUGAAACCAUCCGGUUCAAAUCCUACUUGCUGAGCAUGGGUAUAGCUAAUCCAGUUACCAGGGAAACACAUGGCUCAGGCACACAUUACCACAUGCAGCUGGCAAAACAACUUGCUGGAAUACUGCAGGUGCCUUUAGAGGAACGGGGAGGAAUAAUGUCACUCACGGAGGUGUACUGUUUAGUGAACCGAGCUCGAGGAAUGGAACUGCUCUCACCAGAGGACUUAGUAAAUGCUUGUAAGAUGUUGGAAGCGCUGAAAUUACCUCUCAGGCUCCGAAUUUUUGACAGUGGUGUCAUGGUCAUUGAGCUCCAGUCCCACAAUGAAGAGGAAAUGCUUGCUUCAGCUUUAGAGACGGUAUCAGAAAAAGGAUCUCUCACAUCUGAAGAAUUUGCCAAACUUGUAGGAAUGUCUGUUCUUUUAGCCAAAGAAAGGUUGCUUCUUGCAGAAAAGAUGGGCCAUCUUUGCAGAGAUGAUUCAGUGGAAGGCUUACGGUUUUAUCCAAAUUUGUUCAUGACCCAGAGUUAAAUAGUUUGCAGUUGUAAUAUUCUGUACCCAUAUCCUUUCAUCAUGCAAUGGCUGAGUGACAGACAACUAAGAGAUAAACCUUUAUCCAGUUAGGAAUUUUGGUAGAACCCUGCAAUACAGAACUGCUUUUCUAAGGUUUUCCCUAAAUAGUAUGUCCUAGGAAAGCUUAUUUAGGACUAAUAUGGAAAAAUACUAAAGGAAAAAAUCAAAGCUGUCCUGAAAAUUAAAUCAUGUUAUGUUUAUGUUGACACUUCCUAGGUCAAUGUAAAAUAAGAGUUUCUAACUGAAUCCUUUUCAGCUGCUUUGAAAGAAGGGAAUUUCGUUCAUGAGAAUAAGCCUGGGUUAUCCCAGGUAAUGGUUAUGUUGAUAAUAUGACUGAAAUGGAUUGAAUCACAGUAGGAUUCAUGUUUGUGUCAAAUGUUUACCCUUUGGGGUAUGCCACGUCUGCAGUGAUAGAACUGUAACCCCAUUGGAAUAUAAUGUGAUACUGGAUGAUGCUGUUAGACACCUCCUCUGAGGGGAUUUUGGAAGCAGUCAUAGGCUGUGUCUCUUCCAGAGGCCUGAUCAGGUAUCCUUUUUAGUUUUUUAUUUGGCUCACUUAUGUAGAGACUUAAUACAGUAAUUUCCUUUUUUUACUAAGUGUUGAAUUCAUGACUGGCAUUUAAAGAAUGCACCUAUGUCAUUUUGCUUUUAAAAUGCAUUGGAUUUUGAAAUUGAAUUAAGAAGAUGUUUAGACAUGUUUAGAGGGAUGAUUCCAAAUUUGGGAAUUAGCCGCCCUGGGGAUUUUUUUAAGUCUGCUGUAAAAAACCUUGAACCAGCUAUCAGGAACCUGGAAACUUGAUUAUCUUUUUUUCUUUGAAGUGGAAAAAGAGGAAAGUUAGAGAAAACACACACACACACACACACACACACACACACACACACACACGAUCUCCAUCCUUUCCUCCUUUUUAAAGGAUUUCAACAACGAACAAUUCUGGUGCACUACUAGCAAGUCAUUCUACCAUAUUCCAGCAAUAUUUUUUUACUUUUGUUUACCCUGAUUUACUUAAAAACAUGCAAAAAAAAAAAAAGCCUGCUUCUUGAUUUUAUUGCUCUGUUCAGAAAAAAUAUUACUCAAAUAAAAGUGGAUUAUCCUAAGACCAAAAAAAUGCUGCCACUAAUGAAAAUAGUUAGGCUCCAAUUUUACAGUUGUACAAUAGAUCAUAUAAUGGCAUAACUUAAAAUUCAGGGCAUAUGGCUGUGGUCAGAAUGGGGCCCCCUGCAGCAGUUGGCCAAGGAGAUGGAGUAGGAGGGUCUUUGUAGUAGGUGUACACUUUUUUACAGGAUGAUCAGUACUCCAAGAACCAACCUUCAGUGAUUGUAUUUAGCCAGCCUAAGAGGAAUCCCCAAGUUUAUACUUGAGUCUCUCUAAGGAACUUCUGAGAUGUGUGGGGUCCAUCUGUGUGUCACUUGCUAGUAGCCAUUCCAGGACCCUUGUGUGAAGAGCUCAAGAAAUUUCCAACCUCACACUCAGAAAAUACCUCCUACUAGGCCAGCUAGCCACUCUCUGUAUGUAACUCUCAGUUCCUGGUAUCAGCUUUAGCUAUUUAGUAUAGGUAGAGUGCCAACACAAGUGCUAAUUUUGGAGAACCUUGUUCUAGGCACUGUUUUGCCAACCCACUUUGUUCUGCUAACAUUUCACUGAUCGGUGAACUCCCUGUUCUGCCUCCAUCUUUCAAACCCUUAAGUCUGUCCCUAGGCAUCUCUGUAGUUUUAGGACCUCCAGAGAUGCAAAGAAAUGCUUUUAUACAUGACACUCACAGAAAAGUCUCAUUUGUCAAGUUUGUUUUCUUGUUUUAAAUUACAAAUCUAUCAACCCUGUUCUCUUUUACUGCUGAAUAGUAAGCUCUUCCACAUGUUGUAGCUGUAAUAGGCGGUGGUUCAAGCUCUAAGGGUUUUUUAGAUCAGGGACAACAAAUGAAUGCUAUCCAGCUAUUCUGUUUACCUUCAUAUGACAGCAACAGAACAUGAAUGGGUACCACUAACUAACUGCAAAUUGAGGGAGACUGGGAACAAGAGGGGAAGUCACGUGUGGACACCAUGCUGGAGGCAUCACCAUCUUGUAAACCUCAGUGUUUAGAUCCUUUAGGAAUUUCUGGUUUUGAAUUCUUUUUAAUAGGAUGUGUCGCCACUCUUCUUGUCCCAGCCCUUAUUUUUUAUGUCUCGUGGGGGCAUCGUUCAGGUCUUGCUCUUAGUAGGCUUAUGUUGAAAUAAGAACUAUUGGACUCUGACUCCCACCCAAAAUGCCGUCUUGGUGCUUUUCAUAAUUGAUAUAUUUAUUAUUUAGUGCUUUCAUGACUUACCUCUUAGGAACAUUAAGACACAGACCUGUAUCCUUAGCUUUAUUAUAAUGGCACUUCUUGAGCCACUUAUUGUCAAGAGAAAACUUUAUACUUUGUGUAUGUAAAGAUCUUUUCAGGGUUAAAUUAAAUGAUUGAUAUAUAAUAUAUAUUAAUAAAUCAUCACAAUAAAAAGAUUUUUCCUAA